CAUCGGUUAUGUUCAUAGAUUAUGCAAUUAUAUGAUGGUAGUUAAAGUGCCUAUAAAAUAAAUACACAACUUAAUAUGAAAACAUGCCUGCUGCCCAUGUAAUGAGACGGGUAGCUCAAUAGGCAGAGCAUAACGUGAUGAAAACAUCUGUAUUGAAACAGCAGUCUGCUAGGAAACAUUCAACUAAUUGAUUUGGUUGGCUUUCAUCAAUGGUUAAAGUCAUCAGACUCGGUGAUCUGUGAAGUCGUCGUUAAAUUGAUCGGUUUGAUUAAUAACAAAUGUUGGGUACCGGAUAAUUUAAUCUGUUUCAGUGGAUGUUAAAUUUGAAGAUGGCUUUAAAAAAAGACUUUAGUGAACGGAAAAAAACAAUUUCUUGCAGGCCUAGGCCUAUAUUGUUUUUAUGUACAGACAGCCUACACAGCAGUCUGUUAAACAUGAGACUCACCAGGGAUGGGCCUCGACAUGUUAAACAUGUCGAGCCCCACCUCACGCCUGAGCUCAACAGGAGAAUAAAGCCGUCAUGGGACUCAAACCCAGGCUGGAGCCAUGGAGAGAAGGACGACCUGACCGCCACAGACUGAUUUUGAACCUUAAAAGACCUGCUGUGUAACUAUGGUUUUAAGUGACUUAAAAAGUCAUAGAUAACUACUAUUAGCUGUUUGUAGAGGAGGUGGUCGGCAUGUGGAGAGUUCAUCCAGCGGCUCUGAACAAAUGAAGGCUUGAAGAAAGCGCCACCAAAACAAGAGUGGCCCUGAGUCUCGUGCCACCCAGAAGAUUCUUUCCAGUCCGCACUGUGCGGUCCCGCCGCUGGUCAGUCACACGUCGACGGACAGCGGACCUAUUGUGACGUCACGGUGCCAGGAGCGAGGGCUGCCCAGAGCUGGUCCUCCUCAUCCUCAUCUUCAUCAUCAACAGCGAGGAGGAGAGUGGUACAGCACCACCACAAUCAUAACAUAACAUAAUAUAAUAUAACUAGAUCAUAAAGAAGACGUCAGAACGAUGGUCCUGGUCCGUGGACACUCUCUCCUGGGGGCGAUCCUGCUGUGCUCAGUCCUGCUACUCGUCUCGUCCAACGAAGUGGGCCUGGCCGGCAAGGUGCUGGUGUUCCCCUACGAGACGGACUUCAGCUUCGUGACCCUCAAGCCCCGCAUGGCGAUGGAGCUCCGCGCGUUCACGCUGUGCCUGCGUGUGGCCACCGAGCUGCCGGCCGACCGCCAGAUCAUCCUAUUCGCCUACCGCACCGCCGACUACGACGAGCUCAACGUGUGGCGCGAGAGGGACGGCCGCGUGUCAUUCACCCUGAGCGGCGACGGGGUCUUCUUCCACCUGCCCCCCAUCACCACCUUCCGUACCAGCCUCUGCCUCACCUGGGAGUCGAACCGGGGACUCACGGCCUUCUGGGUGGACGGCAAGCGCAGCAGCUACCAGGUGUACAAACCCGGGCACACGGUCCGGCCCGGGGGCACGGUGCUGCUGGGGCAGGACGCCGACAAGCACCUGGGGGACCUGGAGGCCACGCAGAGCUUCGUGGGCGAGGUGACGGACCUCAACAUGUGGGACCACGUGCUGUCCCGCAGCGCCAUCCAGGCCUGGCACUACGGACACCGGGUCCCCGAGGGCAACGUGUUCGCCUGGGCGAGCAUCGAGUACGCGCCCAGCGGGAACGUCCUGGUGGUGGACGACGACUGACUGACCGAUGCCGUUGUGGAGUCGCGAGCACCGAAGCGCGUUCCGGUUGGACUGUUGUGUGGCGUCAUGGUCUCCGUAAUGUUGUUCUGCGUCUCCAUGUGUCUCUAAUCGCUUUGAGUGACCUGUAGUUUACCACCCUGCGCCGACAACACACACACACACACACACACACACACACACACACACACACACACACACACACACACACACACACACACACACACACACACACACACACACACACACACACACACACACACACACUGUUCUGCACUGGAGCGUUAAAAUGCUGUAGAAUAAUUCUUAAAAUAAAGCUAUUUACCUGUUGUUA